CAGCUGGAUCGGCGAGAGGGGCAACAGCUUUUUUCGGUUACAGCUUCCUUCACGUGUGACGUUACCGGUCCAUGAUGGAGGACGUGAGCUCGCACCAGUCACGCCUCCUCCAGCCUUUGGUUGACCACUUUAUCAGCUCGCUACCGUCGUCCCAGAACCUGCGAGAUGAGGUGGCUGGCUCCAAACAGAUGGCAGAGGCCAACCGUGACGCCAUCAUCAAGCUCAGUGUCAUGUCCAUGUCCAACAUCCUGACACCACUCGCACAACUCCUUCAGCUCAACAUGGCACAGGAUUCACUGGCCACCAAAGACACGCGGCAGCAGUCGCAGCUCAUGCUCAUGGACACCAUGACGGCCUGCCUCGAGCACCAGUGGGACGUCAAGGGAUCGGCGGCAGAACCGGUGGAUGACGCCCUGGUCGACUUCCUCUCCCGGCUGCUCGUCGAGCUGCUGACGAACCUCUCCUCGGAGAAGAACGCCACCUCCCCUCUCCUCAAGCCGUGCAAGCGGCUGAUUGCGGCGUUUUCGCUGGCCAACUUUGCCGGGAUGUACCGCGGGGUGGAGCACGUGCUCUCCCGCCUUGCAAGCGGCCUGCCCGAGGAGCAGCAAGACCUGGGCCGUCUCGUCCUGGUGGAGCACAUGCACUUCAACACAGAGCACUUUUCCCAGUUCAUACGAGCGGUUGCGCAGACGAUUGGAGCGAUGAAAAAGCUCCAGGCGUUUUUGAUGGCCGGAUAUGUGUGCACGGCAUUUGACAGCUGGCUGCACAACUACUCCGAGGAGUUUGUGGCCCUGCACCAGCGUGGGCACCCGCUUGUCCCGGAGUGCCAGGCGCUGUUCAUGUCGUUUGCAUCGGUUGCCGAGAAGACGGCAAACAGAAAAGUCGCCUGCUGGCCCGCACAGAUGCGGAUGCUGCUGCUGUGUCCAAACUUGAUCAAGCAGUAUGUCGAGCAGAAGACGUCUCCCGCCCACCGCUUCAUGGACAGCUUGAAGAAGGCGCUGUCGUCCGGCAAGCCGCCGCUGUACGAGACGUCCAUGCGUGUGUUUGUGUGCGCCAUCAUCGCGUCCGCAUUUCUCGACGCGUCGUCCACACUGCAUAUUAUGUUGUUUGGCGUCGAAGCAGACCUCAAGGAGCGGGUGUUCAGCUCGACGCAGCCGCUGCCUGAUUCGUUCUCGAGCGCGACGGGCGAUGUGCUGGUGCCGAGCCUGGUUGCCUUCUUCCGCCUCAACCACAAGUCCGCCGUCAACGACCUCAUGGAGCGGUUCCUCAGCGCUGAUGAUUCGCCAGUUGCAUUCCAGAUUGCGACCGUCAAGGCCCUUAUCCAAGUCGCCCCACACCACCAGCCCUACCGUUCGUCGCUGGACGAGGCGCAGUCGAAGACAAUGCACUACUGCUACCAGAAGUUGUCCCGCCCGCUGCGCCGCACCCUUUGCCGCGUCGUGCGCGACCUCAAGCAGGGCGCCGUCGUGCAGUCGGCAAAGCCCACGAAGAAGAAGGAGCAGACCGCAAACACGCGCGCAGAGCAGCUGACGGAGCUCGUUGGCGCAAUUCUCGACCUCUUCUGUCGCGAUCCCGCCUUUGCCUUCCACCACGAGCCAACCCAGAACGACGGCGACGGCGACGACAUGUGGUACGGGAGCGCGAGCACCACGGGCCACGUCCGCGACAAGCAGCUGCAGGACACGCAGAUAAUGUUCCACAACGUGUGCACGUGUGCGCUUGAGGAGAAGCUGAGUCGGGUUGCGGACCAGGCCGUCGCUGCGCUCGUCAAACUCCAUUCGCCAGGCAUGAUCCCGCUCUGGCGCCCGGGGAAACUCAGGUUCUGGGAGGUGUCGAGUGACAUGUUCAUCACCAUUUCCACGCACGUCACGCGCUUUGCCCGCGGCAACGAGCUGUUUGUGCUCAAUCUCCUCAAGACGCUCAUGUCCCUGCGCAACAGCUUCGUCCAGUCAAAGCGCGCCUACUUUGCCACCGCGCACGAGCUCGAGCGGUGGACGGCUGCGCGCACCCAGCUGGAGAUUGUGCUGCUGACCAACCUGUGCUCCGUGGACCGGGAAGUUGUUGUCACCACAAAGGACUGCAUUGGGCUGAUGUGCGAGGAGGCACGCCUGCUACAGCAGCUAUCUGCUGAGAUUGGACCAAGCGAUGCCCUGACAUUCACGCUGCCAGUCAACCACGACGUGUUCAGCGACAUUGCAAAGCUUCACCUCAGCGCCGCAUCUGCUGGCCUCCGCGCAACGCACAAGCAAAUUGUCAAGGUGUUGCGAGAUGUUGUCACGCCGUCCAAGGGGACAGAGAGCGCAUGGGAACUCAUCUACAGACGCACAAAGAGCGUGCUUGACAGCUCUCUCCGGCGCAUGGAGCAGCUUGCCCUGCCCGGCAAAGACUCUGCGGAGCUGCGACCCGUUGCACUGCCGCCCGCGCUCCCGUCCAUGCUCUACUUUCUCUGUUCCCUUGGUGGUGUCUGCAACAUCGACUGCAUUGGCAAAGUCAAAGUGAAAGGCGCCGAGCCUGGCGAGAAGCCGCAGGGGUCAAACAAGCAAGUGACCGUCUUCUACCUCACCGCUUUCAUCAGCCAGCUGCUCAACUUCCUUGCAUACGACAGCGACACCCACGGCGUUGAGUUGCGGGAGACGAUCAAGGAUGCCCUUGGGCACGAGCUGCAUGCGGUGCUGGUUCCAUUUGUCUUUGACCAGCUCUUGGAGCAGCUGUCAUCCUACUUUGACAAGGAGAUUGGCAACUACACCACCGCAUCCAACCGGACCACCUUUGUCGACCAGGCCAUCGGCAUCAUUCAUCUCAACUUCAGCGCUGACAACCUGCGGACGAACCAGUAUCUGGCGCUGGCGGACAUGGAGUCACUGCUGGACGCGAUCAUGGAGUACCUGCGACAGGUGCAGGACACCGAUCAGACACGCCGCGUGAAGAUUGGCUUCUGCAAGCUGGUGGUGCUGGUGAUGAACAAGCGACACCUCGUCACGUUCAAGCAGGAGAUGCGCUUCCGCAACAAGCUUCUCGACAGAAUCAUCUCAUUUGUCAGCACCAGCAACGCAGACCUGUCCUCGACGGUGCUGCUUGAUCUCGACAUUGCCGCUGUUCAGGCGCUGGCGGCGCUGCUCCACGGCCUUCCGUUGCAGCCGCUCGAUGACGACGUCGCAGACCCGAUCCAAGUACGCAGCAGCCUGUUCCUCAAGUACUUUACGUUCCUCAUGAACGUCACCAACCGCUGCAACUCAUACCUCAGUUCGCGGCGGCGGGAGGCGCGGGGAUCGGUGUCGGCGGCUGCAGACCGCGACACAGACCACCGCUCAACCAUUGGAAGGCGCCGCUCGCGUGUGUUUGACGACGACACUGUUUCGCUCAGCAAACGCGACUCGUUCCACGGCCACCACCUGCGCAAGCGGCAGGGGCGGCUGGACACGGACCGCCCGCUGUCUGCGCAUUCCGGCAGCGCACUCGCAGCGACUCCGCACCACUUCAAGAUGGAACGCAUCGAACGCCUCUUCCUGCAGCUGCGGGACUCCGUCACCCACGCCAUGUCCAACCUCCUUGGCGCCAAUGUCGAGGUUGGGCUGAGCCAUGCCAUUGGGAUGGGCUAUCAUCAAGAUGCCGAGGUUCGCCUCGCUUUCACCGAAGUCCUCAACAAGGUCCUUCAUCAAGGCGCCGAAUUUGACAUGCUGUCGGAGACUGUCGUCAGUGAUCGCUACGCCAAGCUGCUGAUGCUGAUCACGAAGCCGGACCUGCAGAUUGUGUUUGCGCUCGACAGGUCCAUGCCCACCGAGUGCAUGGAUGCUCUGGCGCAGGUGCUCGUGCGUGUGUUCCACAGCCGCCGGCGCCUCAUCCCGCUGUGCGUGCGGCUGGCGGAGGCAGAGGUCAUGAGCUGCCGUGUUGCCCAGUCCAUCUUUAGGCGCAACUCCCUUGCCACCAAGGUGUGCACGGCCGCGAUCCGGAUGCAGGGCAAGGAGUACCUGCGCCGCGUCGUGGGCCCGCUGCUCACGCAGCUGCUGAAGGAAAACGGGACCGUCUCGUACGAGGUGGACGAAUCAAAGCUUGGCGAGCACAAGGACCAGGUCGAGGAGAAUGCACAGCGGUUGUGUGACCUGGCACAGUCUGUGCUCGAUCGCAUCUUCAGCACCAUCGACGAGCUGCCGGAGACCCUUCGCGCCAUCUGCUGGGAUGUGCGGCGGACGUCUGAGUCGCUCUUCCCUGACGCCGGGCUCACCGCUGUUGGCGGGCUUGUCUUCCUCCGCUUCUUCACCCCGGCCAUCGUCUCCCCAGUGUCGUACGAGAUGCUGCCUCCAAAAACAAAAUUGCCCGUGCCAGCCCUCCGCGCCCUGCUGCUCCUCUCCAAGAUGCUGCAGGCGCUGGCAAACAACGCCUCGUUCUCAGGCGUGAAGGAGGCGUACAUGCAGCGGGUGAAUGGGUUUAUCGUGGACAACAUGGAGCGCAUGCAGUCGUACCUGAGCAGCGUCGCCGACCCCUCUGCUCUCUCCAAGUCCACGCUCACCGCACUCGACGCGUUUGGCAUUGAAGUCGCAGACAUCCGCUCCCCAGCAGCCUCCCUCGAGGCGUCCGUUGGCGGCGGUGAGGAGGACGAGGUGGAACCUGUCACCGACGCCGAUCUCCACGCCCUUCACCGCAUGGUCUUCGAAAACCUCGAAAAGAUUGGCCAGGACUUGGCGGCGAAUGCGCGAGACAUCAAAGACGUCUCGUCCAUUUCCUCCUCGCUCCUCUUUGAUCAGCUCGCCACCCUCCUUGCGCAACUCGGCGACCCGCCAAAGGCGACCACCACGCAAGGCUCCACAUCGUAUGCUGCGCGCAGCCGGGAGAACAAAAACCUGGAGGAUUUUCUUGCCCGGCACGAAUUUGUGGGCACCAGCACCGAAGACAUUGAGAAGAAGCAGGUGUUUUUCAGGAGCGGCAUGUCCAAAGACAAGCGGCCCGUCUUCUACCUCAUCGCCCGCCGCUACCGUGCUGCCGAGAUUGAUGGCGAGCAGCUGCUGUACUUCAUUUUCCUGACGCUGAAGCCGCUGCUCUCCGCCAAGUUUGACCUGGUCCUAGACCUGACGGCCUUCUCGCGGCAGAACGAGCCGAGCGAGCUUGUGCUUGCCAAGUUCCUGGCCGUCGUCCCGCCCACCAUUGUCGCGCACGUGGGCACCGCCUACUUUGUCAACGCGUCCUCAAGCUUCAAGCAGUUUGCCAAGCGCGUGGCGCGGCAUGUGACGGCCUCCAAGUUUCACAAGGUCAUCCGCUUUGUCAACGAGGUGGAGCUGCAGGAGUUUGUGCCCAACCCGGCGCUUCCAGCCUCAACGCACCGCUUGACGGAGGCCACCGACAUCUUCUCAAACGUCACGUUGCACCAGACCAACAAGAAGACCCUGCCCGUUGUGUUCAAGGUUGGGUCUGUGUCGUGGCAGGUGGUGAGCGCGGAGAAAGUGAAGCUGUUCACGCACGCCGUGCGAACGGUGGACGUGUUCCCGGUUGCGGAUCUUGUGGAUGUGUUCAACUCGGGCAUGACCGACGACGGACACGUGCGCAUCCUCUACAGAGAUGGCGAAUCGCUCAUCCUCAGCUGCGGCGAAACGAAGAAACUCGAUGAUGCCGUGUCGCAGGCGUGGACGCGCUACCUGCUGUCGCAGCCGGAGAACAAGAAGGAGUGGAAGGUCAUGCGCCCAGCAGAUGUGCCGGCAACGCUACUUAACAUGGCGCUGCUGAACCUGGGCAGCGCAAACGCAAAGCUGCGGCUCGCCUCAUACAACCUGCUGGCCAACGCCACCACGACAUUCAACUUCCACAUUGGCGGGGAGGUGAUGGAGGCGAGCAGCCUGGUCAUCCCGGAGAACAACAACAACUUCAUCAUCCGAAUCUCAGAGUGCCUGUCUCACGCGGAGCCGGGCCUGACGCUGGAGUUUCUUGACGAGUGCAUCACGGGCAUCCGCAACUCCACGUCGGAGCAGAAGCACAUCUGCCUCGAGUACAUGGAGCCGUGGCUGCCGCGGCUGUGCGAGGACGCGGUAACGUCGAGCAAGGUCGCCGCCAUCAUCAAGGGCCUGGUGGACAUGACCAUCCACGAGAAGGACCUGUACCCGUCCCUGCAGGCAACGGUGUGGAGCACGGUGGCGCGGGUGGACGAGCUUGCGCGCCUGGUCAUCCGCGAGUUUAUGUCCACCGCGGUUGAGCACGGCCCGGACACGCAGGCGGCGGAGCUUUUGGCGGAUGCGGCCGUCAGCCUGGGCAGCGUGAACGCGUCGCUGGUGGCGCAGGAGGUUGUGGCGGAGGUGCUGCGCGUGCUGCGGGACACGGGGAGCACCCGGGCCAAGUGCCUGUCCCAGCACAAGCUGUGGCCGCGGCUGCGCGUUCUGGCGCGGUUCUUGCUGAAGCUGUCCUUCAACAACUGCUUGGAUGUGCAGCGCAACCUGCCGGACAUCUGGUUCAUCGUGACGAUGAUGGUGGCGGUUGGCCCGCCCAGCACGCGCGCGGUCAUGCACGCCAUUGUCACCAACGUGACGCAGAGCAUGUGCACGAGCCUGCAGCUGGAGGAGGAGCGCAUGAAGGCGCUGCGCAUUCAGCUGGAGAACAUGGCGCUGCCAAAGCUGCUGCUGCAGUUUGGCGUGUCCAGCAAGCAGCCGCUGUGCGACCUCGUCAACAGCGGCCUGCCGUCGUCUGACAGCAGUGCACCCGGCGCCAGCCGCCGCCCGAACCCGGCCAACGCCAGCGGAAUCAGCGGUGGCGCCGGCAACAACCACACCCACAACCACACCAACAGCGGCAGCGGCAGCGCCACCGGGCCCAGCAGCCACGGUGUAACCCACGCCACCAUGGGUAACAACAGCGGUGGUGCUGGUGGCGGUCGUAUGGCCACAGCAAACAACAGCAACAACAGCAACAACAGUGGUAGCAACGUGUCUGCAGGCAGCGGCAGCAGCAAUGUCCGCUACCUCAACCUGCCAUCGCCCGGUAUGGGCAGUGGCAGCCGCGCAACGUCGCCUUCCUCGCCCGUGCCUGCGCCAGGUUCAAGCGCAGCAGCAGCAGCACAGCAAGGGGCACCAUCGAGCAGCAGCGGCGGUGCGGGCAUGUUCAACAACCCGCUCGCGUCUGCCGGUGGCGGCUCCCCGCGCUCGCCACGUGCACAUCAUCACGUGCACAGCGCGAGUGCCAGCUCAAGCGUUGCGCUGGGUGCACCUGCAUCAUCAUCAUCAACAACAACAACAACAACAACAACAGGCGCACCAACCAGUGCGGCCACUGCUCCGUCGUCCGUGACUGCCACUGCGGCGGCGGUGGCGGUCAGGUCUGCUUCCCGGGAGCCGCGCGUCGGGUUGGUGUCUGUGCAGAGCGUGGUGGAUGUGCUGCACGACAUUGUGUGCGAGGUGGAGGAGCACGCGCAAGCGUGGCGGCGGCGGUGGCUGCAGCUGCUGCUUGAGGUGGCGCGGGACCAGAGCAACACGGUGCUGCGGCCACGGGCGUUUGUUGCGCUUGGCGUGAUCACGCCCACCACGUCGGCCGACCUGAUGGCGCUGGUGCUGGGGGCGCUCGGCACCGCGCUGUCGCAGGAGGAUGUGGAGCUCGCGGACGCCAUCCUUGCGUGCCUGGCGCGGCUGCUGGCGCUGGUGGAGGAGGGCGACUUUGACUACCACAUGCUCAUGUUCUGGGUGUCCCUGGCCAUCCUGCAAGUGGGCAUUCAGCCGCUGUACAGCUCUGCGCUGUCUGUGCUGGAGACCACGGUGAACACGAUGGAGGACCACGGCGUGUUUGCCUCGCGCCCCGUGGCGGAUGUUGUGCUGGCUGCGCGCACGCAGGCACGCGCGCUGUUUGACCAGCUGGAGCAGCUAUGCGGGCUGUCGUUCACGGGCAACUUCAGCUUUGCCAUGAGUGCGACGCUGCUGCGGGCGUUUGACCACCCCAACCCCGUGACCAUCCUGCGCGCGCGCCGCCUGCUUGCCGUGUUCUUCACCACGGCGCAGAACGCCGCGCUGGCUGCUGCCGAAGCGCACCGCCCACCGUCCCCGAGCGUGGGCUCCGUGUCCACCGCCAGGAGCCUCGGCGUGCCGUACCAGCCGUUCCGUACCCGCCCGAGCUUUGACGUGGCCCCACGGCCGCAGCUGUCGAUGCGGCGCUUCUCACGCUCGCAGCCGAGAAAGCCAAAGCGCAGUCAGCAGCAGGGCGGGAGCCAGGCGAGCGGGUUUGGCGACGCUCGCGCUGCCUCUGCCUUGCUCGAGAUGCACGAGGAAGCAGCGGCUGAGCACGACGCCCCCAAGCCCGCACGUGCCACGCACACGGCUGGCAACGCCUCUGAUGAUGAAGACGACGAUGAGGAGGUGGAGCUACUCGGACGAGACGCGCGCCACCGCAUCUCGGAGAGCUCUGAGCGGUUGCCGGCUGGGUUUGCCUCGGCGGAGGUGGCCGUGAUUCCACGGAAGUCGCGCGCAGAUGGCGGCGACGGCGGUACUGCGAGAGGCGGCGACACUGGUGAUGACGAUGACGCCAGCAGCAGUGACGGGAACGAGGAACCUGCACAGGUCUCUGAGGCGAUGCUUGGGUACGUGUGCGCGCUCUUGCCCAUUGACGAGAAUGUGCAGGAGUCGUUUGUGAACCCGUUUGGGGAGUUCAAGUACCGCCACAUCAUUUCUGCGGCGCGGGACGACGCUGCUGCGCUGAUGCUGGUGAUGAUGUGCGCCAAGCUUGGCCAGAGCGCACACCAGCUGCGGGAGCAGGCGUUUCUGCUUGAGUUUUUGGCUGAGUUUGCGGAGCUGCGACCGGCACCGUUUGCGCUGGUGGAGGAGGAGCUGCUGGAGAUGGUGCAGCGCACGCUUCGCCGGGCGCAGGACGCGGAGAUGGUGCGCAACUGCCACCGGCUGAUUCGGCACCUGGUGGAGGCGACGCUGCGGCCGCAGCAAGAGCAGGUGGUGGCGCUUGACAAGCUUGGCUUCUCGGGCCUGUGGUCUGCGUCCAGCUUUCCCUCGCUCUCUGGGCAGGACACGGCGCAGCGACUGCAGCUGUGCGGGCGCAUCUUGGCGCAGAUGCUGUCUGAGACGCAGCGGUCGCGCGCGGCAUCUGCCAGCGUCACGCGCGCGCCCAAGCCGCACGCCAAAACGAGCAUGCAUGUGGGUCGUCACGAUGCCGAUGCUGAUGCUGAUGCUGAUGGUGAGGCGAGUGGGGGCCAUUACGCUGGGGCCCGGCUGGGCAGCCUUGGCGUGAGGACCGAGGCGAGGCGUGCAGCGGCCUCGCUAGUCCACGGGUCUCUUGACCAAGAAGGGGGACAGCAUGCGCAAGUCACCGAGAAGACGGCGGCUGAGUUACAAGAACAAGAUGAGGCAGACGAGCAGCGUCGCCCGACACUUGAACUGACCGACUCCAGUGCCCUCGAUUCUUGCGUCUAG